AUGGACUCUCGGAUUCUGUCUCAGCUGGUGACUAGAUCACUUCCUGACCUCCCAAACGAGCUUCUUUUAAUCAUCGCCGACAUCCUUGGCCAUGAUUUCUCGACACUUGCGUCCUUGGCCGCUACUUGCCGUAAGCUGAAGCCCUUCUUCAGCCGAAUGCUGUAUAGGUUGGAUGCGAGAUCCGGCAACCCGACAGCCCUAGCCUGGGGGGCUUUGACCGGAAACAUCAGGUGCAUGAAAAGCGCAAUGGAACAGGGAACAAACGUAGGCCAAAUGUCUCGUUUCAGCUUCCACACUGGCAAACCCAAGAGUCAUUUUGAGCGGGAGUUAGAUUCCCAUAGCUGCAGAUUGCACCCGUGUGACCCGCCAACGUUCACGCGCCAUGCUGAGAUACCCGGAAGCAUGGAGAAGAUCUUGUGGGGUACGGCCCUCCAUUUCGCUGCCGUUGCAAACCAAGUGGCCGCAGCUGAGUUGUUGAUAAAGACUGGGGCGGGCUUUCGCGAACGGUCAUUUGGGCUUUGUUCAAUGUCCGAUCAUGGUGAAGCCUGUGCGCAUUCGUUGGAAUCCUGUCCCAAAGAAUUCUUCCCAAUGCACACGGCUGUAUGUUACGGAAACAAGGACAUGAUCGAAUUGUUCCUAAGUCGUGGCGCUUAUGCCUUUUACAUCGCAGAUAGCCCGGAAGAUGCCUCGGACGACCCAGAUGACGGACUGCCCGAAGAUGGCGAAGAGUUGAAAUCACUCCAAGGCGUGGAGGAGGAAGAGCCUCCUGGGAACCCCGAAUGGGUUCAGCCAGGCCCUGACAAACCAGAUGACGAUUCUGGUACUCCACACGCAACGGCAUUGCAUAUUGCUGCUAGUUUGGGCCGUGGCGAUCUGGUGGAAUUUUUUGCAGGGAAAAGCGGGAUUUUAAUGAAUGCGACUGACUGCGACGGCCACACCCCGCUCCACUACGCCGCCCACGCUAUGCUCAAGCAUUCUCGGGCAGUUAUUCGUAAGUUGGUGCAGAUGGGCGCAAGACUAGAUGCUCGAUACGAUAUCGAGUUUGAGCUUCUUAUCCGCUCCGUGGUAGGCGGUAGAUGCGCCGUAGCCGUCGAUCUUUUGCAUCUUCGUGCGUAUACACACCUCACCGCGGAGCAGCUCGGCUACCUUCUUCAUGCUGCUCUCACUCCGGCUGCCUUUUAUAGCUUUGAGAGGGGUAUCUCGAUCGCCAACCUCUCCAGUGCAAGCUACAGCCGGCGGUCUGUAUUACUUCCCAGGAGUUACAGGGACUCCUACGAUGCGGUAUUGCCUGAUUUUACCAGCGACUGCAACAUGGAAUUACUGGAGCGACAGGAGCUUGUGCGGCUCCUUGUCAAAGAAUUUGGAGUCGAUGUCAACAGGAUACUACCUGGUAUCCCUGAGACACCCACAACACUUCUGGCUCUCUACAACGCCAGUUCAUCCGACAUGCUCCGCUGCCUUCUUGACCUUGGUGCAGACAUUACCAAAGUUAACGGCAAUGGAGACACCGCGAUUCACUGCGCUAUGAAACUCUACGCCCGCGAGUGGAAAACCCUCGAACUGACGAGAGUAUACCAUAGGUUGGAGCCUUGGAAUCAGUGGGAGGAGACUAGUGUGGACAGGAGUCCAGACAGCGUGCUACACUUUCUUCUGACAGCCUGGCCUGGCGACAAGUUUAACGCGGUGGACAAGAAUGGUAUUGAUAUCUUACAAUGCAUCUUCAACUCGAUUUCCUGGGAAGAGCGUCGCUAUAUCGAUUUUGCCAACUUCAUCAACAGAUUGCCAUUGGAUUACUACUACGACGGUAUCGUACCGGCUAGUAUACCUCAAAUCGGGGGUUUCGUUGAGAUGAACAUGCGAUUGCAGUUCGUGGAGUCCUUGUUCGGUGUUGGACAAACUGACUGGAGUCCUUGUUCGGUGUUGGACAAACUGACAAUGUCAACUUGGUAUGGGGUGAGACCCAGGGGAUAG